GAUACAGGUGACACACUCUGAACAGAAGACUUUGAUGUCUCAGGAUGAUUAUGAAGUGGAUGUCUGUUCUGCUGCUCCUGCAGAUGAGUUGCUACUUCAGAUCUGGGAGCUGUGGGAAGGUGUUGGUAUGGCCAAUGGAAUACAGUCACUGGAUGAAUCUAAAGACAAUACUGGAUGAACUUGUACAGAGGGGUCAUGAAGUGACAGUUCUGAGACCUUCAGCUUCAAUCUUUCUAGAUCCCCAAAAAUCACCUGAUCUGAAGUUUGAGAGUUUUCCUACGUCUAUCAGUAAAGAUGAUUUUGACAAGGUUUUCACAAUGCUUGUUGAUGUAUGGACUUAUGAGAUACCAAGAGAUUUGUGUUUAUCCUUCUCUCCUUUGCUACAAAAUGUGAUUAAUGAAUACUCUGACAGCUAUCUAAGGCUUUGCAAAGACACAGUUUCAAACAAACAACUUAUGACAAAACUACAGAGAUCCAAGUUUGAUGUCCUUUUCUCAGAUGCCAUUGCUCCCUGUGGGGAGUUGAUAGCUGAACUUCUCCAGAUCCCUUUUCUGUACAGUCUUCGCUUCUCUCCUGGCUAUACAAUGGAAAAGUACAGUGGGAAAUUUCUAGUCCCUCCCUCCUAUGUACCUAUAAUUUUGUCAGGAUUAGGAGGUCAAAUGACAUUCAUGGAGAGGGUAAAAAAUAUGAUGUGUAUGUUGUAUUUUGACUUUUGGUUCGAGACAUUUAAUGAGAAGAAAUGGAGUCAGUUUUACAGUGAAACUUUGGGAAGGCCCACUACCUUAACUGAGACAAUAGGCAAAGCAGAAAUGUGGCUCAUUAGAUCCUACUGGGAUUUGGAGUUUCCUCGCCCAACCUUACCAAAUGUUGACUAUGUAGGAGGUCUCCACUGCAAACCUGCAAAACCCUUGCCGAAGGAAAUGGAAGACUUUGUUCAGACCUCUGGAGAGCAUGGUGUCGUGGUAUUUACUCUGGGGUCAAUGGUCAGCAACAUGUCAGAAGACAAAGCCAAUGCAAUCGCAUGGGCCCUUGCUCAGAUUCCACAAAAGGUCCCUACAUUCUGAAGUUAAUUACCUUUGAAAGUCUAGAACAUUUUCUAUCUCUCUUUGAGGCAUGAUUAAUCCUUGGCAAUCUUUAUCAACAUUUUCAAAAGCUAAGUAUUUUAAUAAUAACACUCGAAUUUGUUCCUCUUUUGCUUGAUUUUCAAUAGCAUCUUUAAGUUUCUCUAUGAAGUCAGCCAUAAGGCACAGAGGGACUUUGUAUUUUUACUACUGUCCUAGAUCUGAAGUCAGAUUGCAGGCAAUACAGGAAACAUUUUUAAAGGAGACUCCAAAAAUUGAGCUGAGGGUGCCAUCACCCGUAUAUUUGACAGUUGUGCUGUAUUUACUUUGAUUUUAGCUACACUAGGAAAUAUUCCUAGAUUUUCCUUCUUUCCUAAAUUUAAGAUGUUAUCAUCCAGUUUAUAUUCAUGCAAGGAAUUAGUUAUUUCGUCCACAUUUUUAAUAACCUCCUUAUCUUCACUUAGUAUUUUAUAGCAGUUCAAAUUAAUGCCUAAGUCACCCCAAAUUGAAUGGGAAUCUCUUCCCGUUAUUUAUAUACCUUUCCAAUAUUCAUUCAUACUCUGUCAGAUACUUCUUCAUCUAAAGCACUUUCUCCUGGAAACUUGGGGUUAUAAUCACAAGCAAUAGUUAACUCUAAUCAGAGAAUCAGACAAUGUACAGUCUGAGGGUUUAGAAAGGCAUAUGAGCAAAAAUCACGAAUUGAAGUUGUAUAUGAUCAGUACGACAAGCCAUGUGUAACAAAAAAUAAGUUUUUCCAUAAAGUCUUACUUGGGUUAUCGUUGCUCUGAAGAGACAUCAUGUCCAUGGCACCUGUAAUCAUAAAUACACUUAAAUGUGGUAGCUCAUUUAACAAUUAUCAUAAUGAAGGGAAGUAUGGUACCAUGCAGGGACCUGAGCAUGCUACAUCUUGCAGGGAAAAGGAAGUCCCAGGUUUGAAUUUAACAAACUUAAGUCUGAGGAAAAUCCUCCCUCACAGGCUCUAAAAUCUCUGUUUCAUAGAAUAGACACAUAGUAGAGAACUAUGUCAUGCCUUGUAAUUAUAAAGUACAGGUAUCAGAGUUAAGCUUCUUUGUGAGGGAAUGAAGUAAGAGAAAAAGCAAAAUGUACCUUAUUAUCAGAAUAAAUAUGUGUAGUAUAUAAGGAAUCUUUUAAAUACAAAACUAUUAUAAAUUGAUCUUAAAUAACUGUCUCUAGGUAAACCUGACUAUAGAGCUCCCAUUGACCACAUGAUGGCAUUAACAUUUCACAAGUCAUUCAAUCAGCUCCAUUUGCCAGAUUAUUUUUAAUUAUAAAACCAGGAGAAUUUCAGGGAGAAAAAGAAGUCUCUAUGUGUUUAUUCUCCAUUGUUCUCUGACAACCUUGUGAAGAGCCUAUUUCUUUUCUUUAGAAACAAACCAGACAGGAUCACUAGAUUUUAUAUAAUUUUGACUCUUAUGAAAAACCCAAGUCAUGUUUAUAUUCUUGUCCACAUGGGAAUAAAGGUUCCAUAAUCCCUUGUAACUCUUCCUAGACAUUUCAUUUUCAAUAACUCAAUAUUUUCAUUAGCAUUUCCGAUUCUGAGGUCGACUGAAAGUCACACUGAGAUAAGCUUGAGGCAAAGAGACCUCAGAGCUCACCCCACAGUGACAUACUUCGUCCAGCAAGGCCACACCUCCUGAUAUUCCCACUUGCUUAGAGGGCCAUUUUCUAUCAAACCACAACAGAAACACACAGGACAGUUUAAACAUGAUCUGGAGACAAUAGCAAGCAGUAGUGGUUAACCUGAAAUAGACCCACUCUAUCUGUUAUACCUGGAAGUUUGGUGAAACACACUUACCAAAAAAGAAUCUUGCAUUUUGAAGAAAUUGAGGUCACAAGACUCUCAUUUUCUUAGAGUGUUCUCUCAAGCACUCAGAAUUCUACUCAUGUGACUCCAUUUGUGGAUAAUGUUUUAAAACUACACUAUGCAAAAUUACUCCUUGGAUGGGCUAGAUGAUUCCAUACUCCUAUUAGUCAACAUGAUGGCAUUGGUUCAAAAAACUUCAGACCAGAGAGAAUUGUGGAUCAGAAAUAUUUGUCAUAAAUAAGAAAUCAAAGACUAACAACUUGAAAUUCAAUGAAAAUAACAUAGAAAAUGUGAAUAAAAGUAAACCCCCCCAAAGCAUUUAAAAUAUAGUGGUGUUAAAAGUAGACUAUUAGAACUGUCAAACACUCUUCUCUGAGAUUGAAUUAUAUCACCUUGGAAGUGUAUUAAAUAUUUUCAUGUAUCAUUAGCUAUCUCAUUUGUCUAAACAUCUCUGCUUAGAAAAAUGAUGAUUAUGUUUAACCUUCUGGAAUGUGAAGUUAAACACAGACUCUGCUGGUGCAAUCUUCUCAGUCUCUCAAGAUCUCUCGAUAUUUUCCCCUUCUGAUGUCUUCAUCCCUCCUAGGGGAGGUAUUUACCUACGGUAUAUUUAAACAUAAGAAGAUCUAUAUUUACAAUUUCUGUUUUUGAAAUUAUAAUAGAAUUACAUCAUUUCUCCUUUUUAGUUAUUCCUCCAAAUCCUCUCAUAUCCAUUCUCCUUGCUCUCUUUCAAAUUCAUACCAUUAUUUUUAUGAAUGCUGUUACAUACAUAUAUACAUAUUAUAUGUAUUCCUAAAUAUAAUAUGGCUCCAGCAAUAAAGAUGAUCUAAUCUUUAACAGGUUAUUUGGAGAUUUGAGGGCAAAACACCAGAUACCUUAGGAGCCAAUACCAGAGUUUACAAAUGGCUGCCCCAGAAUGACCUU